AUGGUCCAGAUCAAAGCUUUCGAGGUAGAAGAAUGGAUGGAUCGUCUCGAGACAACGCCUGGUGCUCUCAACAUCGCCGAAACAUGCUGCGAGUCUGUGUCGAUCAAGGAGUUGACAGAGCUGUCGAGCGACAAGUCGGCUGCGGGCCCCCUUGACAUUGCAACCCGACGAAUGACUUACGGCGCCAUUUACGGAUCAGAGAAGACGCGCCAGCAGAUCGCCAACAUGUACGCAAACGAUGUUUCGGGCUCUCUCCCCAGCGAUCAAGUCGUCAUUACGCAGGGAGCCAUCGUUGCCAACUUCCUCACUCUCUACACCCUCGUCGGCAAGAAUGAUCAUGUAAUCUGUGUAUACCCGACCUACCAACAGCUGUACGAAGUUCCCAAAAGCUUGGGCGCUGAUGUGAGCCUCUGGAAAUUGAAGGCUGAGAAUGGAUACAUCCCGGACAUCCGAGAACUUCAAGACCUGGUGCGAGAGAAUACCAAGAUGAUCAUUAUCAACAAUCCCAACAAUCCCACUGGUGUCACUACGCCUAAGCAUGUUCUAGAAGAUCUCAUCGCGUUUGCCAAGUCGAGAAACAUCAUUGUCAUGGCUGACGAGGUAUAUCGACCCCUCUUCCACAGCCUUCCUGUAGGAGAAAGCAUGCCCCCAUCGAUCCUCUCUUUGGGCUAUGACCGAACCAUUUCUACCUCGAGUAUGUCGAAAGCUUUCUCUCUUGCCGGCAUCCGCGUGGGAUGGAUCGCAUCGAGAGAUCCUGGAAUCAUUGAGGCCGUCAAGAGUGCGCGGAACUACACGACCAUCAGCGUCUCGCAGCUAGACGAUCAAGUGGCCGGCUAUGCUCUCUCGGAUGCGGUCAGACCAAACCUCAUCAAUAGAAACAUCGAGCUUGCAAGGACAAACUUUGAGAUCCUCGAGACCUUUAUCAAGAAGCACCAGUCUGUUUGCUCCUGGGUAAGGCCCACAGCCGGUACAACGGCAAUGAUUGGCUUUCAAAGAGGCGACGAACCAGUUCGAGAUGACGAGUUCUGUCUUGAAAUCCUUAAAGAGACUGGGGUUUUAAUAAUGCCUGGGUCUACCUGUUUUGGUGAGGGCGUUGACUUCAAGGGCCAAAUGCGCUUUGGUUACGUAUGUCGGACAGAAGUGCUGAAAGAAGGCUUGGAGAAACUGAGUGUUUAUCUAGAGCAGAGCUUCCACUAA